GUGCUCAGGGAGAGAGACUAAGACGGAUAACGCGUCAUCUCGCCUUCCCAAAUUUUCCCCCCUCGCUAGACCGGGUCCAAAACCUCCAUCCGGAGCCGGCAGGAGAGGAGAACGAUGUUUAACUCGGUCAACCUGGGCAACUUCUGCUCGCCGUCGCGCAAGGAGAGGGGCGCAGAUUUCGGCGAGCGAGGGAGCUGCGCCUCCAACCUCUAUCUGCCCAGUUGCACUUACUACAUGCCCGAGUUCUCCACGGUCUCCUCCUUCCUGCCCCAGGCCCCCUCUCGUCAGAUCUCCUAUCCCUACUCGGCCCAAGUGCCCCCGGUCCGGGAGGUCUCCUACGGCCUAGAGCCAACCGGCAAGUGGCACCAUCGGAACAGCUACUCCUCCUGCUAUGCGGCGGCCGACGAGCUUAUGCACCGGGAGUGCCUGCCUCCUUCCACCGUCACCGAGAUCCUCAUGAAAAACGAAGGUUCCUACGGCGGCCACCACCACCCCAGCGCCCCGCACGCAGCCCCCGCCGGCUUCUACUCCUCAGUCAACAAGAACAGCGUCCUGCCUCAAGCCUUCGACCGUUUCUUCGACAACGCCUACUGCGGUGGCGGCGACGCUCCCGCCGAGCCCCCCUGCUCCGGCAAGGGCGAGGCCAAGGGGGAGCCCGAGGCGCCCCCGGCCUCGGGAUUGGGGUCCCGGGCUGAGGCGGGUGCCGAGGCGGAGGCUGAGGAGGAGAACACAAAUCCCAGCUCGUCCGGUUCAGCCCACUCCGCGGCCAAGGAGCCGGCCAAAGGAGCCGCCCCCAACGCCCCCCGCACCCGCAAGAAGCGCUGCCCUUAUUCGAAAUUCCAGAUCCGGGAACUGGAGCGAGAGUUUUUCUUCAACGUAUAUAUCAACAAAGAGAAGCGGCUGCAGCUGUCCCGGAUGCUGAACCUGACGGACCGACAAGUGAAAAUUUGGUUUCAGAACAGAAGGAUGAAAGAAAAAAAACUGAGCAGAGACCGGCUGCAGUAUUUCUCGGGAAAUCCGCUGCUGUAACCUGCAGACCGGGCCCUUUUGGGGGCGGGGGGAGGGGAAAUUUAUUUUAUUUUAUUUUUAUUUUUUAUUUUCUAACUCGUCUUCUUUCCGCGGGUGGAAAACUGGACUGUGGCCAGGGGUGGCCCCCACCGCUGUGGCCGGCACUCCAUUCUGGAACCUCCUGGACCCUCGGUCUGACUCUCGCUGUGGGACGGGGACCGGGCCUGAAAAGGGGGUGAAGGGAAGUGUCUGAUGCACGGCGAGUGAACACCGUUGGCGCCGAGGCCAAGACUUUUAUUUAAAAGAAAACACACCUCGGCGACAAAGUCUUGCUGCUGCUCGGAUUGGGUGGGGGAGGGGCGACAGUAGUGAGCGCCUGAGCCGAACAAUCCACGAACUAAAAGCCUUCCCUUGCCCAAGUGAAAAGAUCCGCUAAGACAGCAUGUCUGCCAGCGGAAACUUCUCGGGCUCCCUCUCUACCCCGCCCCACCCAGCCCCACUACUUUAGGGGGCAGCUAAAUGUGAUCCUGCCUUGCUGUGAAAUUUCUGUACCUUCGACCUGGUGUUAGGUGUGCAAAGUCCGUGUCCUACCUCCGUCUUCGCCAAGGCCCCGCCCGAGCCUAGUUGUUCUCCCCGUGAAUGUGUAGAACCUUCCUUUGAAAUUUCUUAAUUGGUGCAUUGAGGUUUCCAAACCUUUUUCCAAGCAGUGCCCCCACUUCAUGGAUUUAUCUAUAGUCUAUGCAGUCGUUACCUCUUUUUUUUUCUUUUUUAUUUUUUUUAAGAAAAAAGAACAUUGGGGUGGUGGAGGCAGUAGGGAGAUGGGAUUGGGCGCCUCCCGCUUGCUGGGGCCUGGAUUUUUGUAAAUAAAUUUCUUUCCACCUGGAGGGGACGGGGGACGCCCCCAAUGAGAUUCAAAUCACCCAUCUCUCCUCCUAUGCAUGAGUGCGUGUGUACAUGUGCACUCCCCACCCUGCUCCCUUCCCAGAGGGAUUGCUGUGAAAAUUUUUUUGGUGGCAAAUAAAGAUAAAUUUCAUUCUGUUCAA